AUGCACCAGGAAGAAUUGACCUUCUGCCAGCAUUGCUUGAACAUGGCACUGAUCCCCUUAAAUUGGAAAGGGGCCAUUCGCUUCUGUGGAGUGCUAUUUGGAGGAAUAAUCCGAAUGGCUACGGCAAAGACUUCGAUGGAACGAAACCCCUCUGUCGUGGUGAGCACUGAUUGCCAUUCGCAAAGGCCUUCAGACACCGCUGUUACCGGACUACGGAGCUUCUGCUUGACUACGGUGCGGAUCCUCAUCCCUCGUGUAGUAAAAACAGAACAUGCCCAGGUGGCGACCAUAUCUAAGCGCUGCUCUCUCGUUAAAAAGAUGCUUGAGAGGGGCGUUGAUGUUAAUGAACCUUUCAACAAUGAGACACCUUUACAUAUUGCUAUUUGGAAUGAGCAAACUGAAAUGGUGGAAUGUCUGCUUCGUUGGGGAGCGAAUGCGAAUAUCACAGUUGGAGGAAGCUCCAUUGCGUCAGCCAACUCGAUCCUUACAUGGGCUUUCCGGGGAUAUGCACCGAAAGCGGAUGAUCCUCUUGACACGAGUUAUGCAGAUAGUGCGGCCAAGUUACUUGUCGCCUAUGGAGCCCCGCAUACUGUGGCGAGGGAUCUUGCCGUCGAACAGGAACGGAGGGUGAAAUAUUGGCAAGAAAAGGCUGAGAGCGACGCGAUCAGGGAUAUGCACAAGACGGAGGAGUGUUCGACUACUUAA